UCCCGACCCGGCACCUACACAGUUGCAUCGUACUCCUGGCAGUGAAGACUUAGGCAGCCGAUUUAAGAUGGCAUCACGGAAUCUGCUGCUGUCGCCUUUCCUGCUGCUGACUUUGGCGCUGGUUUCGCCAUCAGAAGCCAAGUUUCCCUUGGAUAUUUGUCCUUUUAACCCUCUGGGAGCACAGAACUAUGAAGGGGAACCAUUCAGGACUUGUUGGGGUCUCUGCCGCACCGCUUGCAGAACUGACGAACGAUCCGAUGGUCUCUGCUACCGCUCCAAGUGCAUUUGCUGCAUAAAAGAUCGGUCUGGAGGUGAGGACUCCGGUGAGUCCCAUGAACUUCCCUUUGGGGGUUUUCCUGGCUUGGCCCCUGGGGGGAAGCCUCUCAAAUGCCAAAAGAACCACUGUGAUUCGGCUGAGGUCUCACACAGUAUAGGGGAACCCGUCGUGUUCGUAUUCCCUAAGUGCCGGAGGAAGUGUAAGGCGAAGAAGGAGCUGACAAUGGGCACCUGCGGCAGUGGGUCUUGCGUCUGCUGUGUUCCCAAAACCGCGAUACCCUUCGACGUAACGAGAGAACUGGAGAGGCUGAAUGCCAACGUUGCCGACGCGAGAGAAGUGGAAAGGAUGAAUGCCAACGUUGCCGACGCGAGAGAAGUGGAUAGGCAGCAGAGCAACGUUGCCGACGCGAGAGAAGUGGAAAGGCUGAAUGCCAACGUCACCGAUGCGAGAGAAGUGGAAAGGUUGAAUGCCAACGUUGCCGAAGAGAGAGAAGUGGAAAGUCUGAAUGCCAACGUUGCCGAAGCGAGAGAAGUGGAAAGGCUGAAUGCUAACGUUGCCGAUGCGAGAGAAGUGGAAAGUCUGAAUGCCAACGUUGCCGAAGCGAGAGAAAUGGAAAGGCUGAAUGCCAACGUUGCCGACGCGAGAGAAAUAGAAAGGCUGAAUGCCAACGUUGCCGAAGCGAGAGAAAUGGAAAGGCUGAAUGCCAACGUUGCCGAAGCGAGAGAAAUGGAAAGGCUGAAUGCCAACGUUGCCGACGCGAGAGAAAUGGAAAGGCUAAAUGCCAACGUUGCCGAUGCGAGAGAACUGGAGAGGCCGAAUAGCAACGUUGAGAUGUUUAGCGUGAGAAGAUCCGUCCAAGAAGACGAUGAUGACGAUGAUGAUAAUGAUGAAAUGAUUAGGGAUGAUAGGGGACUCGCCUAAGAUGAUGAUGAAACGAUUAUGGGUGGGAGGGCACUCGCAUAAUGAUGAUGACGAUGAUGUUGAUGAUGAUGAAAUGAUCAGGGCGGGGGGAGGGAACCCGCCCAAGUAGUUAUAAUUUCUAAGAGAUGUAAUUUCAGUAGAAGAUGUAAUUAUUCGCUAAAGGAAAUGUAAUUCCUUUAUGAGUCCUACUAAUUUUGAUUUCAAUAAAGGUGAUGCAUUCA